CAGCUGAGCGCGCAUGCGCGCUUGCUCUACAGAGGGGUGUCAUGGCGGACAGUGAUGUCAACACUAAGUAACAGGGCUUUAAACAGGAGUUAGGAUCAGCGAUGUACAGCGGAAAGAAAAUAACCAAAGAAGACACAUGGAGACCUGAUGAUUUAAUAAGGCACAUACGGAGCCAAGAGGAGGAGAGCGGGAGGAGAGAGAGAUCACACCGAGACCCAGAGAGAGAGAGGAGGAAGCACAGAGAGGAAAGUGCCAGGAGAGGAGAAGCGAGGGAUGAACGAGAUAAAGAGAGCAACAGAGUUCGAGGUGAAACCCAAUACAGAGAAAGAGAGAAAGAGAGAGAUGGAGAGAGGGAGAGAGAGAGGGUAAAGAGGAACAGGGAGAAAGAGAGAAAUAAAGAGAGGGACAGGGAAAAACACAGAGAGAGAGAUUUGGAGAGGGAGAGAGAGAGGGUUAAAGAGAGGGACAGGGGAAAAGAUACAGAGAGGGAAAAUAGGAACAAAGAGAAAGAGAGGGACAAGGAAAAAGACAGAGAGAGAGAAAAGAGGGACAGGGAAAAAGUCAGAGAAAAAGAAAAGAGGGACAGAGAAAAGGACAGAGAAAAACCGAGAGAGAAAGAGAGAGACAGAGCGAGGGAGGCAGUGAGAGAUUUAGGGGAAGAGAGGGAUAGGGAAAAAGACAGAGAGAGGGAGAGGAGGAGGGCAGAGCGAGAAAAGGAAAGAAGGAAAGAGAAGGAUGUUAGUCUAGAUGUGGAGGACAAGUCACGGGAGAGAGAGAAACACAGGAAAGAGAGGCACAGAGAGAGGGAGCAUCGCCAUGGAGGUCAAGAACAGGAAAGAGGACGGAGAGAGCAUGAAAGACGAGAGACACACGGUCACAGACAGCACAUGGGACAAGACGGAGAGGACAGAAGAGAGCAGAGGAGAAGAGAGAAGGAACCGCAUGUACGAUUCAACCAUGAGGACAAAGUGAUCGAGCAGAGACACAGGCGUCAGGACGGAGACGGAGUGAGGGAAAGAGAGGAGAGGAAUAAACGAGACCAGAGGCACACUGACUCGAAUCAGAGAGAUAGAGAACAUGAGAGUGCACAGAGGAAAACCCUGCAAGAGGUUGAACGUGACGUGACGAAGGGCAGUCACCAAGGAGCAAAGGAUUCUGGGAAUGAAGAUUACGAGGACGAUUUCGAGGACUAUGAGGAAGACUUUGAAGAGUUUGAUGAGGACAGACAAGAAGAAGAAGGGGAGGAGAAGGAGGAAGAAGAGGUGCGUGAAGAUAAAAGUAUGGAGGUCAGGAGAGAGCUGAGUCCACGCAGCAGACGGGAGGUGGAGGCCAUCCAGAGAGCCAUGGAGCAGGAGAACGAGUUGCUCAGCACUGCACACUCCAUCUCCUCGACCCAGGAGUCUGAGAUCUCCCCCAGAGCGAGUGUUGACUCUGAGAGCCACUCAAGGAAAAGUAGAGCGUACGGCAAAGUCAUCGACUUCUCAGCAGCGAGGCAGAGAGAGAUAAACCAGCAAGCCUCAGAUAAACAGAAGAAACGUAGCGUUGAGCUCCUGCGCCUGAUCGAUCUGGACUUUUCCGUCACCGAGUGUCUCCUGGAUUUGCCUCCGGUCCGCGAGUACGACCUGUACAUCAAGAGCUACGGCAUGGCCAACACCAAGCAGGCCUACGUGCAGUGCAAUGAGGACAACAUGGAGCGAGACACUCAGACAGACGAGACGGACAUCACGGACAUGUGGACACAACAUCCUCCAGAGAGCAGCGUGGCGUGUGGAGGCCCACAGGUUUCCCAGAAUGCAUCAGACGAGCCUGUGACCAGGACGACUGUGGACUCCAAGCGGCUCGCUGCCUUUCUCCGAUCUGCCACACAGGUGAUGGCAGUGUUGCUAGAGGAGAACAUCACUGAAAGCAAAACUGAAAAACUUCAGUCCCAAACGCACACAUACUCCUUCAGUGAGGGCUGUGUUCAGCUCAACACCAAACUUAACAUUCUGCAAGGUCGACAGGUGAAGUUGUUACACUUCUCCCAGACUCAGACUCACACCUUGCUCUCCGUUCACGCCCCGUGCUCCGGAUCCAAUGAUGUCACACUCGACAGUAAGACGCUGAUCUGUGUGUGGAACAUCUGGGAGCCGUCCACACCACAGAGAAUCCUCUUCUACGAAGCUGAGGUGCAGAGCUGCUGCUUCAGUCCGGGGAAGGCCACGUUGGUGUUUGCUGGGACAGACAUUGGAUCCGUGUUGGUGUGGGACCUGAGAGAACAUUCUGGAUCUCACUUACACAUUAGAGUGUGUGAGGAGAAGUGGACACUGCGUCACCCAACAUUCUCCACCGAUGCUGUGCUCUCAGGGGUGGGGCACUUCUCUCCCGUAGUGUCUGUCGAGCCUGUCCUGGUCAACGUGGGGGCGGGACUUAGAGACCCACUGCUACCAGAGCAGGAAGAGUCACUGGGUCUGUCGUUCCAGUUGGGGUCACUGGAUGAAACUGGACUCCUGAAUCUUUGGGUUGUAGUUGAGCUGCCUAAAGCUGAUUAUUCUGGAUCCCAAACAGAUCUGGGUCUGCAUCCAGGUGGUAAGGUGAAGCUUCUUCACAGUUCCUCUCUACAGACCACCCCUGGGGUGGACAAGAGGAUCUUGGGGGUCACGUCUCACCUGAGCUUCAUCCUGAAAUUUCUUCCUUCAGACUCUAACCACUACUUCAUUGGCAGUAACAUGGGUUUGGUGAGACACGGUACCAGACAUGGACUCCGAGCUGUCCCAAAGCUCUACAGGCCUAAAUGUAGGGAGAGACCAGCAGAAGUCACGGCGCUAGAUUUCUGCCCUGCUGGAGAACCUUUCUUUCUAGUGGGCUGCAGUGAUGGUUCAGUGCGUCUCCAUACGUUGGCAUGUGAUGAGGCGGUGUGUGAGUGGACCGUGGGUUCGGGUCACAGUUCUGUUCAGUGUGUGCAGUUUUCCCCGACGCGACGCUCCGUGUUCUGCGCUCUGGACUCUGCAUCUGUCCUGCACAUCUGGGAUCUGACACAGAGAGACGAGUCUCCACUCAUCACCCAAGACCUCCACACUGACCCAGUCUCAGCCAUGGCUGUGUUCGGUGACACCACCAAGCAGAACCCGUACUCUGGCGUCGCUCUGGCUAAACACUCAGGCAGGCUGGAGAUCCACUUCCUGCUUCCCUUGCUCGCAAUUCCUCAAGCUAUGGACGCAGAGAAACUCCACUCACUGACCCGAGAGACACUCUGAACUCACACACACACACACACACACAAACAAAAACACUAGCAGCUUGUGUUCAUUUAUGUUAUUCUUAAUUUACUCUAAGUUUAUCCAGCUAUUUAAAUGACUGUGGUAGUAAAUCAAAAGUAUUUUUUUUUCUUAUCUUAAAAACGAACACUUUUAUACCUCAGAGGUAAAAGACAGUGUACUUUUUCACGGUUUUCACUGCAUUUCUCCAGGUCCAGUAGCAUUUCGUCAUGUAAAGGCUGUUUCUAUUUUUGUAUUAAAUGUUUUAUUAACAUUG